AUGGACAUGCAACAUGGAGGGGAGCAGACGACGAGCAAUGCAACAUGUGACGUUGAGCCUACCUCGACAUUGACCAUUGAAUCGUCACACCGCCUGGCCAAUCCAGGUGAGAAUGUUACGUUCACCUGCAGAUCAAGUUAUGAUAACGAUGUUCUUGUUGGUGAUGAUGAUGAUGCGACUUUUAAAAAUAAGAAUGGAUUUCUGAGUGUGUAUAAUGCAAAAGAUGUAACAGCUGAUGGUGAUGAUGAUGAUCAAGCCUUCAGCCUAAAUGAUGGUCCUGAUAACGAUGAUGCUAAUGGUGAUGAUGAUGAUAAUGAUAAUGGUAGAGGUGGCAUAGAAUGGUUGAAAGUGCUGGAUGGCAACUAUUACAACUUUGAUGCAGAUGUUAGCAACAACAACAACAACAACAACAAUGAUUAUAAUUACAAAACUCGAAACAACAACUCAAUGAAGCACAAGAGUUUCAAAUACAGCAACAACAACAACGACGACGUUAACAACAAUCUCCACUACAACAAAGUAAACAAACCAAACUUAAACACUCAACACAUUUCAAGCAAUGACGUCACAACCGAACCUUUCCUGACCGGAAACAGAUAUCAAGCGGAAACAGUUCACUUGACAUACGCUGUCAUUUCUAUACUCAAUAUAUAUGAUGUCAGAGCAGAGGACACAGGACUGUUAGGAUGUUUGCACAGAUCAGACCGAACUAAAAAGACAUUUGCCAGUUUGAUGGUUACAAAGCCACCGUCGAGAAUUGAGAUAACAACCAACGCCGAAUCCAAUGACAUCAUUCAAUCUGGUGACGUCAUCUACAUCACGUGUCGAAUCCAUGAUGUCAUACCGGUACCGAGUGCGGCCAUCAUUCGAAUUGGCAACGUCCAUCUCAGACCAUCCGCAAAAAACAUCACAUCCCUGAUUUUUUGUGGAGGUGGGAAAAGUUUUUCUGGAGGAAGUUGCGUGCGUGGGGUGAGCUACGACGUGAGGCUGGAGGUGGUUGGCUACACUCUGGGCUAUUUAGACGAUGGACAGAUUCUACAAUGUCUUAUUGAAGAUAAAGUUUCAACAGCGUCAGCGUUAACAACAAUAGCUACCACUACUACAACAUCAACAACAACAACAAUAAGAUCGUCUCAAUGAUGAGUCGUGCUAUAAUUCUCAACGUCAAAUACGCUCCUCGUUUCAACUGCCCUAAACUAACGUCAGUAGAGUUGUACACGCACAACUACGUCAUCGAGUGCACUUUGACCUUCAACCCGAGACCGUAUCACGUGUUGGUCUGGUGGCAGAACGCAGGUCACCUCCCUGUAAAUAGAUUGAAUCUCAAUAACGCGAAAGAUGAUAUCAAACUGGAAGAAAUAAAUUUGGGACCAAAAAUGCUCAAACUACGUCUAAUUAUUCGUCAAAUUCGUCACAUCCACUUCACGAAGUUCCAUUUUGUGGCCACUAACCUCAUCAACUCGUCCGCUGCCAACGUGGCCCUCAAACAAAAAUUUACCGCGCUCCCAAGUGGUUACAAUCUUCUCAGCAACAACAACCUUCUCGGUAGCUACCACAACGACCACAGCAUCAACCGCGAAAGCAAAGCGCAUUCUCUUAAUUGGAUUUAUUUACUGUUAACGAUUUUUACAACUAAUAAGUUAAUUUGUAAUUAUUUAUUUUAUUAAUUAAAUUAUCAAACGGUUGAUUGAAAUUAAUUUUUAAUUUCUAUUUUUUUAACAUUCACCAUUAGUUCAGAGUAAUACAACAAUUUUUAUUACUUACUUUAUUUACUGUGACUUUUAAGGUUUUAAUUUAAACUUCUGAAAUUCCAAAAAUUAUUUUUAACCAAAAAAUUACAAGAUUUUAAUCCGAUGCAGUGUUGACAAUAUUUCAAAAUACAUGUUCAAAUUAAAAAAAAAUUCACUCAAAUUAAUUUUAUUGUUUCCCUGACUUCAAGAUGUUGGAAGCAAUUUCAUCAGUUAAUGGCGUUCAAAUACAAUUAUAAAAAUG